UAUACUCAUCAAUCUCUGUGUGUGUUUGAUCAGCUUUGCUUGAGGGAACUAAUCACUGAGGUUCCUGCUUACAAUGGCAGUGGCAUCACCGAUGCUUCUUCGAGUGGAUAGCGUUGGGCUACUAAGAAAACCGCUGGUUCCACCAAGAACGGUCGUGACUCUAAACCCAAGAAUCUCGGCGUCAAGAAGUUCGGAGGAGAGAAUGUGAUACCGGGAAACAUAAUAGUCCGUCAACGUGGAACUCGGUUUCAUCCGGGAGACUAUGUUGGCAUCGGGAAGGAUCAUACUCUGUUUGCUUUGAAGGAAGGACGAGUCAGGUUCGAGAAAAACAAGAUCACUGGUCGCAAAUGGAUUCAUGUUGAUCCUAAGGGAGGUCAUGUUCUUCACCCUAUCUACACUAGAGCUGCUUCGACUAAGAUGGAAUUGGAGACAGCUUCUUCGUCGUCGUGAAAAAGACAUUGAUUCAACAAUCUAAAUGUGUCUUUCUUUCGUUAGGUAAUACUAUCUCUUUACUAGAAGGAUGAUUGUAUCUUAGAACAGCAACACUCAGUUCAAUAACACAUGCUGUUUUUGUUC